AUGACGGAAGAUGGCAGGGCAGAGCCACCACGGCGAGUCGUGGGGAUUGCACUUCUGCCUGCUAAGGCCAAGAAGCACCUGGGGCCUAAGCUGAUUGAGACAGCAGCACAGAUGGGGAUCGAUAUCCGGCCUGUUCAUGUGGGGAAGCCCUUGAAGGAGCAGGGGCCCUUUGACAUACUUCUACACAAGAUCAGGCGGAAAGAGUGGGAAGAAGAGCUGGCAGAGUACAGCAAGGAGCAUCCCCACAUGCGCAUUGUGGAUUCCUUCGACAGAAUACGCCCUAUCAUGUCGCGAUUCAGCAUGCUGGCUCCGUUUGAUAAGGACAUCUCUCUCACGGGACCUCAGGGGCAUGGCAGAGUGCGCGUAUGUGCGCCGCAGCAGAUCUCCAUUCCUGAGGGGUGCACGAGGGAGCAGGCGCGGAAGCUGCUGGGAGAGGCAGGCAUGGAAGCGCCGUUGCUAGCAAAGCCACUGUGGGCUGAUGGCCGGGAUGGCGCGCACGGACUAGCCGUCAUUCACGAGGUGGAAGGUGUUGAGCAGCUCGUGUCUGGUGAGGGGCCCAGCGGCUUUGGGUUGCCUGCCAUGCUGCAGCAGUAUGUGGAACAUGGCGGCUGCCUGUUCAAGGUCUUUGUUAUGGGCCCCAUCGUGGUCAUGGUGAGGCGACCUUCCCUGCACAUCCCAGUUCCGCCGGAGGAUGUGCAGGAUGAGGCCGGCUUCAUCCAGACCAUUGCGCGCAUCUCCUCCUUCCAGUCAGAAAUGGCAGGCACCGCUGUUCUGCAAGGGGACCCGCCCCAAUGGGUAGUUCAGGGUCUGGCGCAAGAGCUGAGGCGGAGACUGGGGCUGAACCUGUUCAAUUUUGAUCUCCUCCAGCCCUCUCCAAAUCAGCCAGGACGCGUGCCUGAUGGGGCUGAUUACAUGGUGAUUGACAUCAACUACUUCCCAGGCUUUGAGAAGCUGCCAAACUAUGAGAAUCUGAUGGUGGAGUUCCUCACAAGCCUGCUGCAGGGCAAGGCCGAGGAUCCUCGUGCCCUCAAGAAGUUUGUUUCCUUCUCACAGAAGCCCCUAUCCAGAGCCGCGCCUUCACACUAAGAUUAACAUAGCAGCAAACAACCACAAGAGUACUCCAUGAGAGGACCCUGGAUAGGCAGAUGAGGUGCCAAUGCAAAGGAUGGCUGGCACCUGCUAAGGCAGUUUUAAUAGCAGGACACCUGCUGUGAUCACUGAUCACAUGAGGUACUGAUCACGGGACUCUAGCUGUUCCUGUUAACUUCAUGACUGCUGGCAUGUCUGCCAUGAUUUUGGCAAGCGUGCUCUUUCAGUUCUGGAGGAGUAGGCUUUCCACCAUAUGCAGUCCAAGGGCAUAUGUUUUUCACUGUCCGGGCUGAAAGGAUAGAUAUUUCUGUAGCAGCGUGAGAGACAGCCAGAAAUUGGCCAGAUGGUGGACCUUGAGAGGGAUUGUAGCUGCUGACUUUCCAGUGAUUCAUCAUACCACAUGCGAAGGUAAAUUGACCAAUU